AAUUCUCAAACAAUGAUUUUGCUCAAAUUCACCAGUUCAGUUGAAAAUGAUCUAAUUUGACUCCAACUCCGAAGUUCAAAACCCCAAUUCUCCAUUUCCUCUCUUCCUUCUGCAGCAGAUCCUCUUCUUUCUUCAGUCCAAGAAGCUUCUGAGAGAACCCAAGAACAGGAGAUUAAACACAAACCCUGAACCCAAGAACCAAGAAAAAAGAAAAAUGGAUGAAUCGUUUUUGCUAAUGCUCUCAAAUCUCCUCCACCUCCACAACUCCAUCGACCCAACAACCUCCCUCCUCUCUACCACCACCACCUCCUCCCCCUCCCCCACCUCCUCUUCCUCCUCCUCCACCCCAACCUCUCUCCUCACCUCUUCCUCCGCCGCCCCUCUCCUCUUCUUCACCAUCGCCUCCGUCCUCUCCUUCAUCGCCACCUCCCGCCCCAAACCUUCCACCGCGACCGCCUCAACCUCCGGCGGCGCCUCCUCCACCACCGCCUCCGCCAUGUCCGUCUCCGCCUUCCGAGCCCUCGCCACCGAGCACAUCUGGUCCCUCGAAGCCCCUCUCCGCGACGCCCAGUGGCGUUCCCUCUACGGCCUCUCCUACCCCGUCUUCACCACCGUCGUCGAGAAGCUCCGGCCUCACAUCGCCCUCUCCAACCUCUCCCUCCCUUCCGACUACGCCGUCGCCAUGGUCCUCUCCCGCCUCUCCCAUGGCUUCUCCGCGCAAACCCUCGCCUCCCGCUACUCCCUCGACCCUUACCUCGUCUCCAAGAUCACCAACAUGGUCACCCGCCUCCUCGCCACCAAGCUCUACCCGGAGUUCAUCAAGAUCCCGGUCUCUCGCCGCAGACUCAUCGAGACCACCCAGGCUUUCGAGGAGCUCACAUCGCUUCCCAACAUGUGUGGCGCCAUUGACGGAAGCCCAAUCAAGCUCCACAAGCACAACUUGCCUGGAAACUACAAAUGCAAAUAUGGGUACCCUUCGGUUUUGCUUGAAGUUGUGGCUGAUCACAAGAAAAUCUUCUGGGAUGUGUGUGUUAAAGCUCCAGGAGGCACAGACGACGCAACCCAUUUUAGAGAUAGUCUUUUGUAUAAUAGGCUGACUUCUGGUGACAUUGUUUGGGAUAAGGUGAUCAAUGUGAGGGGUCACCAUGUGAGGCCUUACAUUGUUGGGGACUGGUGCUAUCCCUUGCUGUCUUUUUUGUUGACGCCCUUUUCCCCAAAUGGGAUGGGAACUCCUGCACAGAACCUGUUCGAUGGAAUGCUUAUGAAGGGAAGGUCUGUUGUGGUUGAAGCAAUUGGAUUGCUGAAAGGUAGGUGGAAGAUUCUGCAGGACCUCAAUGUGGGUCUUAAUCAUGUGCCCCAGACAAUUGUUGCUUGUUGUGUGUUGCAUAAUUUGUGCCAGAUUGCGAGAGAGCCUGAACCGGAGCUCUGGAAGGACCCUGAUGAGAGUGGGGCGCCACCGAGGGUGCUUGACAGUGAGAAGUCGUUUUACUACUUUGGGGAAAGCUUGAGGCAAGCAUUGGCUGAUGAUUUGCAUCAGAGGCUUUCGUCGAGAUAGGACACGUUUCCUCAGUGAAGGGAUGGCUUCUUAACCCUUCUUUAUUUCUAUGUAAGGAUGUCCUUUUGAUUGUUAUCUUUAUUCUUCCUUUUAGGUGUAGGAUGUAGAACUUGGAUUAAGCUAAUAUGUAAUGACUGUCAUAUAGUUGCUGGGACCAACUGACAUGGUAAUGAAAAUCACAAGAUUGGUAGAAAAAGUGGAAAUUCACUAGUGUUUUAUGAAUAGCGUUGCAUUCUCAUCUCUGUAUUUAGCAGGGCCUGGUGAGGGGGGGAUUAGUAGCCAUUGUGGUUUUAUGUCGAUUUGGAAGGAAAUCUGUGUACCUACAAUCUUGUACUUCUUAACAUUGCAAUGUUGCUAUUGAAAAUUAUCAUAGUUAUGAGAGUA